AUGCCGGAUCCUCAGUGCAGGCCUGAGAGAACAACGAAGUAUAGCCGCGGCAAACGUUAUUUGGAUAAUCUCGAAAUUCAUGUAUGCAAUAUUCCGUACGAUGGUCUCCCCUUUGAAGAUAAUACAUUUGAUUUCGUUCAGCAAAACCUAAGCGCGAUCGUCUAUACUCGUUCGGACUGGAGCCGAAUGUUAGCCGAGUUGAUUCGCGUCACCAAGCCAGGCGGAUAUAUUCAAUUGAUGGAAGUAGACUAUUAUAUUCAUCAUUGCAGACUCGAGCAAGAUGUAUGGCUUGAAAAAGUGUUGCGUUCUAUCGAGGAUCAUUUUCACGUCCAGCCACACAUCGCUCGUCAACUCGACACCUUACUCAAAGAAGCUGGAAUGACAGAGGUCGACGGGCGCCUAGUGUCCAUUCCAUUCGGCGCUUGGGGAUUGGACAUCGGUAUCUUAUGGCAACAAAAUGUGGAUAACGUUGUUGAGGCGAUGAAACCAUUUCUCUCCAGCUUACUUAAUAUGGAUGGGUCAACGUACAGGGACAAGUGGCGAGCCACUGUGGAUGAACUGGAGCAUGCUAAAGCAUUCCACAACGUCCACAUUUCGUGGGGUCGGAAGCCCUUCCCUCAAGAGUAG